AGAAUACAAGAGGGUCGCGUCGGAUCAUGAUAUUAUUGCGCAAGUUCAAGACCUUCCUUCUGUUCCGGAAUUUUCGGACAUGAUCAAGACGCUAGAGAUAUUGUAGCGGCGUGCAUUUUGGGUGUUAUCUACAACGCACAGCUGCCGGCAUGUUGUCCAUCACGUCAUGCUGUGUCGUUUCUUUUUCGCGGCUCUAUCCGUUUUUUGUGUCAUGCUGUCACUUAAGUUGUUGUCCUUUUUAUCAUACCACUAUGGCGACCUCUGCUUCAUUUCACGGUGUUGUUGAUCUUUGGAUCGGAAGCAGGUAUCAGAUUGGCAAAAAGAAUUACUGGCGUUAUGACGCUUUCGUCACGACUUCAGAACUGGAUAUGUUCGAAACAACUUCGUGUUCACAUUUGGUGCGAACACCGCGUCUGCGGAAGACGGAAUCUAUCUAUUGGAUGCACGGACCACUAUUGGUCCUAUCAUUGACGAUGAAGGAGCGUUAUCGAGAGUAAGAACGCGAAGAGACACGUUGUGCUUAUUUCCAGAGGCGAACGAAGAGCAAGACUAGGUAUUUCCUGACUUGCUACUGUAAAUACAUUUAAUGGCCUUCGUAACUCCAUUGGCGACGUGUAUAGUCCGACAAAAAUAUUGUUUUCCAUGGAUGAUAUGAGGCCUUGAGGGCUCCAGUGAAAAUUCCCUUGAAUUCAUUGUACAUACAACCUUCAAUUCACACAAUAAGUACUCGUACAUUUUACAAGUCUUCCAGCCCUGAUUUCACUACAGAACGCUCUGUAGCAUUCCGUAGCACAAUCUAACCCGCCGACGGGCCAUGAGCCGAUCUUCGAAACGUCAUCAAAUAACUAUAUCCGCCUUAUUCAAAAUACCUUCUUCUAUUGCUUUUAUUUGCAUGGCCAAAUGGAGACUGUGGAAGCGCGAUAGAGCCAGAUUACC